CGCGCGGGACUAACCGGCCCUCGGCCGAGCUGAGGGGACAGCGGGCUGACAGGUCCGAGCCGGGAACCAUGCGGUGAUUCGGGCUAACCUUGCCGUUUGUCGCCUCUGUCUUUCCUCCUCAAGUAUCUGGCUUCUCAGACGCAGGUCGCCCCUCCGAGAAGUCUUCCCUGGCCGCUCUGCUGCUGAGAGCUCCAUUAGAAUACAACUAACAGAACAUUAAAUCCACCCAGGAAAAGUGCGUGUUUUGAGCUAAAAUGAGUCUGUUUGGAACUACCUCCGGUUUUGGAACUGGUGGGACCAGCAUGUUUGGCAGCACAACCACAGAUAAUCAUAACCCUAUGAAGGAUAUUGAAGUUACAUCUUCUCCUGAUGACAGCAUUGGGUGUCUAUCAUUCAGCCCCCCAACCUUGCCAGGGAACUUUCUUAUUGCAGGAUCAUGGGCUAACGAUGUUCGCUGCUGGGAAGUUCAGGACAGUGGGCAGACCAUCCCCAAGGCUCAGCAAAUGCACACUGGGCCCGUGCUCGAUGUCUGCUGGAGUGAUGAUGGAAGCAAAGUAUUUACAGCAUCGUGUGACAAAACUGCCAAAAUGUGGGACCUCAACAGUAACCAAGCAAUCCAGAUCGCACAGCAUGAUGCUCCUGUUAAAACUAUACAUUGGAUCAAAGCUCCAAACUACAGCUGUGUGAUGACCGGAAGCUGGGAUAAGACGCUGAAGUUUUGGGAUACACGGUCAUCAAAUCCCAUGAUGGUCUUGCAGCUUCCAGAAAGGUGUUACUGUGCUGAUGUGAUAUAUCCAAUGGCAGUAGUGGCGACGGCGGAGAGGGGCCUGAUUGUUUACCAGCUAGAGAACCAGCCUUCGGAGUUCCGGAGGAUAGAGUCCCCGCUGAAGCACCAGCAUCGCUGUGUGGCUAUUUUUAAAGACAAACAGAACAAGCCAACUGGCUUCGCCCUGGGGAGCAUUGAGGGCAGAGUUGCUAUUCACUACAUCAACCCCCCAAAUCCUGCCAAAGAUAAUUUCACCUUUAAAUGUCACCGAUCCAAUGGAACCAACACUUCAGCACCCCAGGACAUCUAUGCGGUAAAUGGAAUCGCCUUCCACCCUGUUCACGGCACCCUCGCGACUGUGGGCUCCGACGGCAGAUUCAGCUUCUGGGACAAAGAUGCCCGGACAAAGCUGAAAACGUCAGAGCAGCUGGACCAGCCGAUAUCCGCGUGCUGCUUCAAUCACAAUGGCAACAUAUUCGCCUAUGCGUCGAGCUACGACUGGUCCAAGGGACAUGAAUUUUAUAAUCCUCAGAAGAAAAAUUACAUUUUCCUGCGUAAUGCAGCUGAAGAGCUAAAGCCCAGGAAUAAGAAGUAGCGGCCUGGCUGGUAGGGUGUCUGGAGUGCGCGACUCUCCACACUGCCUCAUCUCUCUGAGGAUUUUGGCUUUGGCCAUGGACGGGAGGAAACAAACGAUGUUAUCUUUGAUCAGCUGUCAGCCACCGUCCUUGGGCACUGGCCGACUCCAUUCUGCUGCCUGCUGCGGUUUUCCUAUGGUUCUAAGGAAACCGAAAUUCCUACAGAAGUCGGACUCUGGCGGGCAGUGCCAGGAGUUGGCAGUUUCUGUAUUGGAGAGCAUUGGAAAACCGUCUGCGGGCCCUGACUAUUUUGUAAUAAAGUAUUUUGAAAACUGCCUGGUGGCUCCCUCUGUUCUCUCCUGGUGCCCUGCUCCAUAGUCCUGGAAAUGGUUGUCCUGCUCAAUGUUGGCUUUUAGAUUGGGAUUUUAGGUCCCUUUGGGAAAUGCAGAAAUCUACAAAUGAAGGAAUCCUGAGUUGUGAUUCUGCCAAGGGAGAUGUCUUGGCCCCUCCGCGCUUUGGCAGGCAGAGCUGGAGUGUUUUUCUUUUGUUUCCUUCAUCCCCAGUGGAGCAUCCCCCGUGCUUCCCAGCCCUGCUGGCCUAUUUCCUCGUCCCAGAAGUGGGGACUGUUCCUCUCGCUGAGUGACAGAUGGGCCUCUUGUGGGCUCCCUCAUGGGCCCACGUGGGCGGUGAUCACGUGCCCUUCACUUGAGCCCAGGCCUCCCACGUGGGACUUGCUCUUGACCCCCAACCCCCAGAGUUGUCCUUUUGGAUGUGUCCUUUCCUUCGUGUGAGUUAAAAUUCCUGACCUGUGAGUAUCCAAGAUGAAACUCAACUUGGUGUUUGAAGUUUGGGUCUAUUGUCAUUUUACCCUGUGACCCCAAAUGCUUCACAUGCCUAUUGUUUGGGGCUGGUUUGUAAACUCUAACUUGGUGAAUGUGAAAAUCUGCUAUCAGUAAUAUUGUAAGAUG